UCAAUACGAAAAUGCGCGCACGUCCGUUUUCCUCACCCCCGGAGCAGCGACUUACGAGAUAACUCCUGAAUCGUGAGCUUGUUCGAAUUAAAGUUUAAUUGCUGACGAAUCCCUGAUGCGCCCUGAUGUGUGAGAGUGAGUCUGCCCGGUUAGAUCAUCAUGAUGGGGACCCGAUACGCAUCAUAUAGUCUAAAGCUAGCUAGCUUACACGAUGCUUACCAACGACUACUUUAUGGAACUCAGCCAAUACCUUCCGGACUGGAUAUCGCAAACAUAUUAAAAUAUUUUUCUCAAACCUUGCUAUGUCUGUUGAAAGAAUCGUCCGUGUCGCCGUUCGACAUGAUCAAAUCGCAGGAACUCGAUGCAGACCGAAUGGCAUUAUUCCCAAGUUUGGACUACAAGCAGCUUUACAAUGCGUUGACGCAGAUGAUCGAUGUCGUGCCAUUGAUCCACAUCGGCCUGCCAGCUUUUGGGAAAGCCUUGCUACAGUGUCUGGCAUGCAUGCUGCUGUUUCUCGAUCACGAUUUGAUCGAUAAUUUGUCAUACUUAACCGCUAGUACGAUAUCAGUACUUCCCGUGGAGUUGCACGAAGACAUCGUCAAUUAUCUCUGUUUUUACAUUUUACCGUUCACCAUUACGAGAAAACCCGAGAUUGGAGAGGAGAGUGCCGCUAGUCAAUCAGUGGCCGCUGUUAUAAUGAUGGUAUUUCAAUAUUCCAGCAAUCCAGCACAUCACUGUCAGUUGCUGGAGUGUCUGAUGGCCUUGAAACCAGGAGUCGUGAAAGACAUUCUUUGCGUUAUCGCCUACGGCACUGCGUCGGCGAGAGCUUCAGCUGCGAAAUUGUUGUUCUAUUACUGGCCAUCGUUUAAUCCAAAUCUGUUCGAUCGCCGUGCGGUGUUGGUAAAAUUUGCUAACGACUUCACUCCAUUUGUAUGCCAACGAGAUAGUUGCCCAAAUGCCGGCAAUGCGGAAGCUGCAAAAGUCUGUUACAAUCAUCAUAUUUCUAUCACGUACGCCAUCGAAUCUCCACCCCCUCUCUAUCUUUGCAUCGAAUGCGCGAAUGAGAUCCAUCGGGAGCAUCCGAAUCAGAUGUUUUGUGACAUUUUGCAUCCGAUGCAACAAGUGUCCAUGGUCUGCGAGAAUAAGAAUUGUAGGGGGGCGGACAAGUCGGCUAUCAGCGUUUGCUUUUCCACCGAAUGUGCGAGUUACAAUGGGAAUCAUCCUAUACGAUAUUGCCAACAGUGUCACAAUAUUCGUCACAACAAUCGUCGUGGCGGUGAUCACGUUUAUCACAUGGCACUCCCGCACAUCUCGCAGUUGGAUCCGCAAGCGCAGACUUAUAUGGUUCAGGCGAUCGUCAGUUUGCUCAGGGAAGCCGAGCCGAUAAGUAUUGAUAGUAAUCGCGACACGGAUAUAAGUGCUAGCACUAGCAAUAAAGGUGGCUUAGGAUUUGUAGGGAGUAGCAGUGGUGGAAGUGGUGGCGGUGGAGGUAUCGGGAGUUCAUUCGGUCAUUGCGAUCCUACAAGUUUGGAGGAACGACAGCUCCUCGGCAGAUAUGGCGUAUGGCUACUAGUGGGACUUUGUACCCCUAACGAGGAUACCCCGGUUGAAAUACUGGGCCGUUUAUUAUCAAUGUUAUUUCAUUGGUUUCAUGUCACUGCCUACUGUUUCGAUGGUAUUGAAAAAAGACUUAUACACCUUAUCUUUUCUGUUGGCCAAGCGGAGAGCGCGCUGGAGAAGUUGAAAACGGAGUACGUUUGCGAAUGGCUCUCAGAAGUUAUGAAAACGCAUUACGAAGUGUUUAUUUCCUGUCUUCUACCACAUCCCGCGGACUAUGUCAGAGUUGGAGGUCACUGGGAAACCUUGGCUUCAAGAACAUCGCAUUUGAAAGACGGGUUGCAUCGAUUAUUUUGUCUGGUACCAUACGAAGUAAUUACGCCCGACAUAUGGGAUUACGUGAUGCCGCAUUGGAUGGAAGCGGUGGUAAAUGACGUUCCCGAAAAUGAACUUCAGGAGCUAAAGAUAAUACUGAGCAAGAUCUUGGAUCGGGACAUGAAUUCCUUAGGAUUUGACGUGAAGAAGAUGUAUAACUUUAUAGCGAAGCGAUUCGUCAAUACGAGCGCUAAAGUACAAGAGCAGGCUCUUCAUUGGUUGCAAACACUUACCAUGCUGGAAAUAACGUUACCCCUGGACCAACUGUUUUCAAUAUUCAGCGACGGAGUUGCCGUCAUGCAGUCGAUGAACUCGGCGGAGUCAGAAUUGAAACCGAGCAAAUCUACAAAGGAAGACGAUGAAAACAUUACAUGUCCCAUAGUGGAAAAUGAUUCAGGGAAAUCAACGCCACUUUCUGAUGAUGUAGUUCCAACGCCAAGACACAUGGAAUUUAUGACGAACGCAGAACUUAAUUUGUCUUGUUGUAUUCUCAUGCUUGAUAUAUUAUUGAAACAGAUGGAACUUCAGAAUGUGGACAAGCAUACUGGAAUUAAUACACGGGUCUGCCGAGAUGCUUGUCAUUUGAUGAAAUCUAUAGUUGCGUCCAACUGGAAUAACUGUCACGUCUGCGACACAUCGGACAUUGAAUGUUCUUAUUGCGAGUCGAGGGUGAUUUGGCAUCAGCUAUGUCUACAAUUGAUUACUUACAUGGUACCGGAAAAUCCAGCAUAUCCACCUGAUACAAUCGUAGAUGAAAUCGCGGAAGAUAAUGCUCGUAAAAGUCCGGAAACGACGAGGAAGGGCGAUUCGAAGCCGGAUGUGGUCAUCAACAUGCCGGUACCGGAAAUGCAUUCCGUCGGUGGGGUCUUAGUUCACAUGCCACACUUCUUCGAACAGAUUAUGACAGCGACAGUAGAGACAGUUUCGGAACAGCUGGACCUCGCAGCCAUCAUGCCAACGGAGAAGAUUAUGUCCGCCGUCGCGAGAACGGUUACGCUAUCGGAAACGGAUGUUGCUACCGCUACAGUGAGCGUAGCAAAACCACAUUUAAUAGGCGAAAAUGAUGAACCAGUAAGCCUAAGUCCAGAAGCUGAUUCGGACGAUUUUUGGCACACUUCUGUGGGAAAGUUUCGUUUUACAAUAGAAGAAUUACCAGAACAGCUUCAAUAUAUUCACAAACUACUGAAGGAAAUAAUGACGAUCGACAAACCAGAUAUCCUUUAUUAUAUGCUGCAGUGUUUGAAUGUAAUGUGCCUGUAUGGUGAUGCAUUUAACACAGCAGUGAAGGAUCACCAAGGAUUCUUCAUAUGGUGCCAAGAGAAUUUAUUAAUAAAGAAUUUAUGGGAGCUCCUUAAUGCAGAGCAUUCGCACAUAGCGCAAGUGACCGUUCCAUUGUUAUUGCAUUGUGUAACAUUACCCUGCGGCACUGAUACUUUCUGGCGGCUUGUACAAGAAGAAUUUCACAAUUCCGAUUGGCGUAUUAGAUUCGUCGCAGUCGAGCGCGUCACGUUAAUCGCGAGAUUCAUGGACUCGACACCAUUGCGGAACAUCUUAAGUCUUCAAGCUGCGUUAGCAAAUGCAUUCUGUUAUUUAAUUACGAGCAUGGAUGACAACAAUGUAUAUGUUGCGCAGCGUGCAACAUUAUAUCUCGGUACCAUUCAUGACACAGCAAUUAGGUCAUUAAUUUUAUGCUUGGAGACACAAUUUGAUUCCGUAAUCGUAGACCGGCCAAUGGUAUUGCAAUCACUUUACCAACUACACAAUAGCUUAAGCGAUCGACGUAUUUUGACGUGGGAAUUUUUCCUGAAUCGAUUUGAUACGCUAUUUCUCGAGGCUCAAAUCAACUUGGAGAAAUCAGGAGAUGUGGCUUACUUACGUGAUCUGAAAAAUACAGAUCUGAACAGCGAAGUGUUCAUGAAGAAAUUGCAUCGCGUUCACGAGGCAUUGUCUCAGUCUGACGGCAGCGGGACGAGUUCCGUAAAGACGCUGAGCGCGAGUUUCGGCACCAAGUGGCCCUACAAGCGUACAAUGUCGGCACCGGCCUCGAUGAUACCACGACAAGACACCAAGCAAGAAAAGGAAAAGGUCUACAGCCGACAAUAUUCCGCGCCGAUCUUGAAAAGGAAGAGCUCGAGAUUCGGAUUGGGUCAGUUGUUGGGGUCCACCCCGCCUAAUAACAGUAUUCCAGAUGGUCACAUACAUUCGCUGAAUAUGGUCGAUGAAGCUAGUACGUUACCAGGAUACACUCACAAAAUCGUGGAUCUUGAAGAAGCAGACAAAGAAACCAUGCAUCUGUUGGUCUUUCUUCUAAUGCAAUUUCUUUCGAGACAGGAUCAGGCCUAUCCAACGGACGAGAAACCUAUGUCAAAAACUCAAGGCAUAGUCUUGCGACAUUUAUAUCUUCUUUUGGGAUACAAUCAGACUGAGCGCACUUUUCACACCACUCCGCAACGUCUAAGGCUUUCGCCGGCGUUUAAUGUCUUCAUUGCCAAUUUGCCACAACUGUUAGAUCAAAAUCAUGUGAUAGGAUGGCUGAUGACGUCACCAGUUCUGGCGAUAUUGCAAUAUUGUCCUUGCCCUCCGCAAGCUACACCCCCAACUGAUCAUCAACCACCAAGUUACAGUCUUUGGUAUCUGGAGCCACACAUCAGGCGGUCUUGGUUAAUGUCUCUGCUUGUUAUCUUAUACAAGUGUCAAUAUGGACAACAGCCGUGGUGUAGUCAGCUUCAAACGCUAGUGAAGAUAGUGUUGAAUACACUCAACACACAGCAUCAUCAGUGCAAGCGGAUACCGGCGACUGUAGUUAUGGGCGCACCACCCUCCAGAUCUCGUGACGUGUCUCAACCUUCGCUUGGAGUGGAACACGAACUGACAACGAACACAGUGGGCGAGAUAGACACGGAAACACCGCCGAUGCGUGCAAUCUCGGUGCAUCAACGCAGUCCCGGAGGGAUGCACGGACAAAUGGAAACUCAUUGGGAAGAGAAUAACAGUCCGGCUUGUCGUUAUUUCAACAAACACUUUACCAGCUAUUCGAUCAAUGCGGAUGAUACGGAGUCCGAGUUGGCAGCGAUCCCUGAGAGCCCGAAAUCUGACAGCACCUUACAUGGCAAUAGCGGAGGAUCUCUUGGGGAGCUAGAAGAAACGGUCCCUAGAAACGCAUCUCUUCAGGAACCGCAAAUGUCCAUCGUGUCAGAUGGAACGAGCAUGAUUGAGCCGAACAAUCGAAAUAUUAAUAAGCCGAAGACGGAAUCCGUUACAAAACCUAUAUGGUUCUUGGGAAACGAAGAUGAAGUUUGCCAGGGAAAUAAAAGCGGCCCUCAAAAGAAAUGGAGUGUGUACGAAGGAGUGAAGAUGAUGGUAACGAGCACAUUUCUCACUGGACAACAGGAACCUCCCAGAUUUCCGUCUAAAGCAGCCUUGCCGCCAAUAAAAAAUGGCAAAGGACACUUACCUUACAAUGGAGACUCAUCGAAAGCAUAUGAUUUAUCAAGCGCUUUCACUCUUGCAACCAGCAUUUCUCACAUUCAACGAUCCGAUUUACCAAAAGAGAAAGAUAAAGGAACGGAGAAGGAGAAAGCGAAGGAGAAAGAAAAGGAAAAAGAAAAGGAGAAGGAGAAGGAAACAGAAAAAGAGAAGGAAAUGGAACUGGAGAAGGAGAAAGAAAAGGAAAAAGAGAAGGAAAAGGCAUUUGUGAAAAUUGCAGGAACCAUCAAUAAUAUCGAGCCUUUGAACUCGAAGCAUUUAGGUAGACAGAAACAUGUGGAACAAAUCACAAUUACAGCGACGUCGCCAGUUUCACCUUGUCAAGUAAUUACAGUGACAAAUAGCGAUCACUCGAGCUCGCCAGCACUGAGUUCUUCCAUAUCAUCGCAAGUCAUAAGUAUCGAGAAUGGACAGCAAACAGGUGGUCCUCCUACCAGUCCGCAGCCAUUGAUGACUACUCCGACUGUCGAACGAUUGCUUCCCAUUGGUACAAUAGUCCGCGCGACUGGAUCACGAACAGCACAACGUGUAUUAAAAUGCGAAGAUACGUAUGGCUCUCCGGAAUCGCCGUUAUCAAAAAUGGACAUUUUGACAGUCAGUUCCUCAUUUGAACAAGAUAGCGAGACCUGCAUGUCCAGCGAUAUCACGAGUCCACACAGCAUGUCCCAGUUGGAAUUUCCAACGCCCGAACGAUUGUUGCCAGUUGGUCCUCAGAGAGAUUUCCCCAGCUUAGUCGAGCGAGUACGUCAAGCUCUCGAUAUUUCAGAUGUCGAAGAUAUGAAUAAAUCGAAUGAGGAUGCAAAACACGGCAUUCGUGACUUGGCACUCAUGAAGCAGGAUAGCGGAACAUCUGACAAUGUGUCAACAUCACUCGUACCAACUUGCAAUGAAGUUAACUCGAGCAGAUCGCCGAGUCCAAGAAGGCUAAUUAAACAAGUGGCUUUGGAGUCAUCUCCACCAGCGAUCGACCCCGGAGACUUCGUCUCAAAAAUAGCAGACUAUGACCAGAGGAUUAAGUCGAAGGAUCAAUUUCGAAUUCAACGUGACAGAGUGCGGAAGAUCACUGCUAUAACGGACCAAGAUGCAAUUACUCAUACAAGGCGAAUGGAAUCUUGGUCGGGCACACAAGCCCAACAAAAUUUAGACUUUGUCUCUCAACAAGCGUGUCAUGCGGACUUUAAUUUAAAGCAGAGCUUAUUUCGUAUCGGUGACGAUUGCGUUUACGACAGAUGUUCGGAAUGCGGAACGAUAAGGGAAGAGUAUUCCGACGAAGAGCUCGGAUUGUGUAUAAUAACUUUAGGAACAUUUAUUCAUCGAGAGCCAUCUCUAGCGGCGCCGUUAUUGCCAGAAAUACUCGGCGUAGUUACUAAGAUUGCUCUCAACUCAAUGUAUCCUUGGCAAAGCGAAACGAAUAUGCAUCUUCCGGGUGGUGCGGUCAGCGUAGCGCACCAAUUUCUCAGAUGCGUUCUCCAUCAAUUAGCGCCGAAUGGAGUAUUUAUGCAAAUGUUUCAGACUCAUCUAAACGAAACGACUAGGUUGCAAUUUUUCAAAAGCGUCGCGCAAGCUUUAGUCGAUUUCAACGAGUUAAAUCCGAUCGCUCCCUUGCAAUUACUGCUUGAGACUUUAAACAUGAAAAAAUCAUUGCCGCUGGAACGGCUACCAAUAAUAUUAUAUAACAUCGCAUGUUACUUGGAUUGUUUACCACUGGAAGCAGGAUUGGGUCCUGGUGCAGCAACAUGGAGUGGAUUGCUAACACAAUUCGAUGGAUUAUUCCGAAGACUCGUUCUUAUGCUUCCUUCUAUUGAGGAUAUCACUCCUCUUUUACGAAUUAUGAUUUCGAUAUUAAAAGUUCCAGGGAUUCAACAAUCAAAGGGAAUGUUGGAUCCAUUUUCUAAAAUAUUAAGUUACGCUAUACAAAACUCAACAUUGCAGUAUAAUUAUUUAACAGAUCUAUGCUACUUGUGCCACAGAGGAUUUACUCGUGAUCGCGAUAAACACUUUUUUGGUAGGACAAUUGUAUUUGAAUUAAUUCAGGCCAUUAAAUUUAAAAUUACGAUACCAGACUCCAACUUUUUGUUACUCCUACAGUUUGUGCUCCAAGAUAUCGGAGGAUCCUUGCCUAAUAGUGUCGUCGCGAUGGAAAAUAAUAUUCAAACGGACAUGUCGCCGAUCUACAACACGAACGCCUCUGAAUCUUUAAAGAAUCAGUUGUCAGAAGUUCUCGAAUUUUUAACUGACUUUCAUACCUUAAGUAAGAUCAAGAGCUACAACAAAGGUAUGCAAGCGGGAUUAAACGAGGACACGAUAGGCGGGAUGUUAAAGUGUGGCCUUGCUCAAUAUGUAGCUUUAGAAAUUACGAGAGGCAACAAUAGAGAGAACAGAGCCGUGGCGCGUUACUUGCCGUGGUUAUAUACCGCACCGUCUAUACAGCAAGGAGCCCGCGAAUACGUCGACUGUAUAGGCCACAUCAGACUCUUGUCUUGGCUGUUAUUAGGAUCGCUUACACACAUAGCAAUGUACACUGGCAACAAUAACAGUCAUUCACAUUCAACGGUACCAUUGGCGCAACCGAUACCUCAAGAGGUGUCUUGCCACAUCGCAGAUCACAUACAAGUCAUCUUCUCUGGAUUUCCAGAACAAUCGAAGACCUCGGUUCUCCACAUGUCAUCGCUCUUCCACGCGUUCAUUCUUUGCCAACUUUGGACGAUGUACUUGGAAGAGUUGUCGAAGAAUAACGCAACGAACAGCGAGAGUCACAAUGUCACCAUGAAUAUUUUGUUAGAAUUUUGGGGCAAGAUAACGCCGUGCAUUUUGCAACUCGUUUCCUAUUCGAAAGCCCUAUCUGAAAUGCUUAAUUUGCAUUUCCUAAGCUUAUUGGAGGCUUUGUUGGAAUGUGGAUCGAUUCUGCUGAGUAAAUUAUUACCUCUGUGGAAUGCCAUAUUAUUUUCUCAUCAUGUCCAGUUACCAGGACACUUACACAUGCGUCUGCAAAAUUGCCGCGAUUUCCCACCAAACAGAAUGGCAGAGAAUUUCGUUUCUAAUCGAAGAGAAUCGAACGCGAUACUUCUACGAUGGUUGCACCGUCUACAGUUUAAGAUGGGCCAAAUAGAAAUGCAAUCCUCUACCGCCACGCAAUUCUAUUCUAUUUAAAGAAGAGAAAGAGGAACUUAAAAAUCAGUUUUUAAAUUAAAUGGUCCUACAUUAGCCAAAAUAUGACGGAAAGAAAUAAAAGAAAAUUAAUUGUUAGAAAAAUAGACCUUUAAA